GGGGCGAGCAGCUCCCCACGGGCACCCGCCUGCGCCGCCUCCUCCGCCGUCCUCUGGCUCAUCCGGCCGCUCAGGCACUGAGCAGGGCAGCCCGGCGCGGCGCGGUGAGGCAGUGCGCGGGGCAGCCCCCGCGCCGGCUGUACAAAAGGCCCUCCGAGGGCGCAGGAGGCCUGAGUGGCGGGAGGUGGCGGCAGCAUCAUGUCGGUGAGCGAGAUGUUCAUCGCGCUGCAGAGCGUCCUCACGGCCGACCAGGACAUCCGAGAGGAGAUCCGGCGGGAGGUGCAGGCGCUGGAGCAGACGGCCCGGGAGAUGCUGACGCUGCUGCAGGGCGUGCACCAGGGCCCCGGCCUGCAGGACGUACCAAAGAAAUGUCAGAAGGCUCGUGAACACUUUGGUACAGUGAGAACACAGCUGGAAUCUCUGAAGACCAAGUUUCCUGCUGAUCAGUAUUACAGAUUUCAUGAGCACUGGAGGUUUGUGCUUCAGCGGUUGGUGUUUCUGGCAGCAUUUGUGGUUUACUUGGAGUCAGAAUCAUUGGUGACCCGAGAGGCUGUUGCAGAAAUACUUGGGAUUGAAGCUGACCGGGAGCGGGGCUUUCACCUGGACAUUGAGGACUAUCUUUCUGGUGUAUUAACUCUUGCCAGUGAGCUGGCCAGACUGGCAGUGAACAGCGUCACAGCUGGUGAUUAUUCUCGCCCUCUCCGCAUCUCAACUUUCAUCAACGAGCUGGAUUCUGGCUUCCGUCUCCUCAACCUGAAGAACGACUCCCUGAGGAAACGUUAUGAUGGCCUGAAAUAUGAUGUCAAGAAAAUUGAGGAAGUGGUUUACGACUUGUCAAUUAGAGGACUCAAUAAGGAAGCAACAGGUGGUGCGGGUGGAGAGAAGUGAAGGAUGCUCAUUAAUAGCAUCACCGAUUACCUCAGAUGGUUGCCAAUUGAGGAAGCAUGCCAGCAAAGCCUUCCUACAGUAGUUUAGAAGAACUGCAGCUGAAAGCUGCUCUCUAUUUUCUUACAAAAGGCAUAGUACGGGUGUGUUAGAUCUCAAUGUUCUGUAAAAUCGUGUCUAGAUUAGGGCAGGAGGCUCCCUGUUUCCAGUGGAAUUCCUCUGUCAAAACACACGGUGCUGUUCUGUGCACAGCAGCAAUAGCAGCCAGUGACUCCCAUGAGCUGAAAUUCUCCUUAGUUCUGCAGUGUUGUCACACUCUGUCCCUGCUCACACUCCAAAGGUGUGUGCACAGCACGCAGCUCAGUGCAGUACGUGUGAUGUUUUAAAAAGCAUUGUGUAAAUAUCUAUACAUUUAAGACACUUUUUUGCUUUUUUAAAUUUCCACCCACUUCACUAAGUUGAACAGAUUUGCAUAACUGCUUAUUAGCCAGACGUGUUAAAUGGCUUAUAUGUCCCACUUAAUUGAGAAAUUAGUGAAAAUAUUUCUGAGAAUUUCUUCAUUGGAACUGGUAUAUUGUAACCCAGCACAUCUCUCCCUUUUUUUUUCUUCAAGAUUUGUUAUCAGGGAGAGCAAGGUUUUCUCAAACAUCUGCUUUUCACUGGCCGGUAUUUGUUUUACUGACAUGAGUCAAUGUUGAGUUCUAAUAUGAUCAUUUGCCUUGAGCACUUGGUGGAACCUUUUUUUUAACUACCAAGGUUUCUGAAUAGACAAGAGUUAACUGAUGAACUUGCAGAUAGCAUCUGAGUUUAACAACCUGUAUAGGCCACAACUGUAUCUGUGUCCUGCGAUUCAAAAAAAACCCCCAAACCAUCAAAACUAUAGUUCAUGUACUGAAAUGUUUGUGUCCUCAGAAAAGAUUACCAGCUUCAGGUAGUUUGCAUGUAAGAUGUUUGCGAACACCAGCAGCCUCUUUCAUUUGUGUCAAGGGACAGACUCUCACCUCCCAGUGUCUUUGUCCUCUUGUCCUAAAUGACUUGAGUUUUCCUGUUCUUCACGUACUUCUGGUGGUGCAGCAGGGUUAAGGAGAAAAACUGACUUCUUCAGGAGGAUGAACACAGUCAUGUUUAUGUGGGGUUUGUUAGUGUUUCAUUUUGUUAGCAAAGGUCUCCCAAUGUUUCAGUUAGGGUUUUGGUUUUAUUAUUGGGGAAAAAUGGUUUCUUGGUUAUUUUGGCCAAUAAAAGCUUUUUUUUUUUCCUGGCCAUUUGGUAA